AGACGCUCGGGCCUACGGACUCGGACCGGCCACACGCGCGUCAGGCGAGAGAGCUAACGAGGGAGGGAGGGAGCUUGCCUUCUCCCCAUACCCACACCCACACCCACACACACACUCACACUCCUGCUCUUCCUCACACCCGCCAGCCAAAAUGUACGUGGGCUACCUGCAGCUGGACAAGGACCCCUCCAUGUACCACCAGAACCCCGGCAGCAGACAUCCGGGUCUCGGCCUCAGCCCGCAACACUUUCCGAUGCCCGGCCCGGCCCAGUACUCGGAUUUCGCGGGCUACCACCACCCCCACCACGGCCUCGCGGCAGACCCCCACCUGCAGGCCCAGCAGAACGCACCCGGCAGCGGGGCCGGCUGGAGCCCGGCUUACCCGGCCCCGCCUCCUCUCCCUCAUCCGCCUCCUCACCCCGUGCAGCCCACCCGUGACGAGUGGGCAGCGCACCACUACGUGGCCGCCGGAGGCCCCAACCUUGGCUUCAGCCCUCCAGAGUUUGCCGGGCAGCCGCCGCCACCGCCCCCGACACUUCUGGCCGCCUCCCUCAACGCAUCGGCCGGGCAAGGCUCGACCGGAUCCCCGCAGAGGAGGAACGCCUACGAGUGGAUUCGACGCGCCUCCACGCCGCUCGCCAACCCCAACGGGAAGACGCGGACAAAGGACAAGUACCGUGUGGUCUACACGGACCACCAGCGUCUGGAGCUGGAGAAAGAGUUCCACUACAGCAAGUACAUCACCAUCCGCAGGAAGGCGGAGCUCGCCAGCGCCCUCAGUCUAUCCGAGCGACAGGUGAAGAUCUGGUUCCAGAACCGGCGUGCCAAAGAGCGCAAGAUCAGCAAGAAGAAGCAACAGCAGCAGCAGUCCGCCUCGUCGUCCUCCGGCAGCGUCGCCAUGGUGACCAGCAGCAGCAGCGGCCUGGUGUCUCCGUCCGACCUGGUGUCGCCGUCCUCGCUGUCCAUCAGCAUCAAAGAAGAGUUUUGAACCCGCUUGCUUCCUGUGCUUAUUCUUCUAAAGCCGCCUCCCCGUAGUGACGUGACCGCGGCGACAAUGCGCGGCGACGAUGACCACAAACGAAGGCGUCGGCGGGACACUGAAAAGAAAAACUAUAGUUAGCGACAUAAACAUUCUGAUGCUAAGUAGCGGUGAGGCUAGCAUUUCACUGCAUUACCACACUGUCAUCUUGAUGCCGGACUGGCAGAUAACUAAAUGAGCAUAUUAAUGCUAAGUGACCAUGAGGUUGACGACGUCUCAGCUCAACUUUAACCAGUUGGGACAUUAGUGUGCUGAGACCGAGUGCGGAGCUAAUAAAGCAAAUGCUAUUGAUCAGUGCGACAAGAGGUUAGCAACAUAAGCUAAUGCUGUGAAACCUUGACACUACAACAGCUCUACAGUUAACUCACUGUAUUACAUGCCAUUUGUGGGCAACAUUAGCAUUUUCAAGUUUUGCAAGCACUUGUGUGUUUUUCUUUUUAUCACAGACCCUUCCUGAUUGGUCUGCUGGUUGGCGCUUUGCAAAAGGCCACCAGCAAUCGUGACGGUGAUGCCAAACAUGUAAAUCAUUUGGAUUUUCUUCAGAUUGUUUGUAUCAAAAGUAAAAUGAACAAAAACAUGGUUAGCCGGCCCCCCUCCCUACCCCCUUCCUUUUUUUUUUCUUCUAUCGGCAGCAAGUUAGUUAUAUGAUCUCGCACACCCAGAUAGCAGGAUCCUUCAUUGUGUUUGCUCUUUGGACACCACACCUCAACAGACAUUGCAUGACUUUUGUGUGCAGAAGACCUUUGUCUUUUGCUCCAUUUUGCCUCUUGGCAUAUUCGUAAAAGUCACCAUUGCUGGUGAGUGUUUGUAGCUGUGUGUCAUGAUUGUGUGUAGGUGUUUAUCUAACGUGUUUCUUAUGAGUGUUCACACGCAAGUGUAGGCGCGUGCCAGUGCAUACGUGUGCGCGUGUGAAUACAGCCACCUUGAUUUGAAGCCUCGUUCGUGUGCUUGAAAUCGGAAAAUAGCGAGAGCGCCAAGGUUUGAUCAGGACUUGCCGUGGCCUUUUGAUAUACCAGCUUACAUGCUAACAAAGUGGGCGGAGCUUCCCCUGCCUGCCCACCAUAAAGUUUUAUUGAGGAUGAUGACAAUAAAAGGUUUUCACCACGGAGACGCACCAAUGUUUA